CAGAUUAAGAUUUUGAUUUGCACUUUCGCUCUUUCUCAUAGUAUUUUACAGAUCUGAUUCAAACUUGAAACAUUUUAUUGACAUCAUCAGCAACAUCAUAUUACACUAGAGCAUAAUUCUCGCACAGUUUACUCACGAACUAAGACCACUUUUUAUUUACAAUUUUAGGUUAAAAUGAUGAUGUACCCAUUCUAUCCCUGUUAUUAUCUAAUGGAUUUAAUUUAGCUUGAAAUAGCUGUCAUAUAUCAUCACCAAGGUCCAUAACUCUGGCUCAAAUAUUUUAUGAAUUAUUCUGGUUCAUUUUAUGCACUGUCACUCUAACGAUGUUAUAAACAUGUGACAUCGAUUCAAAUCAAAUCGUGACACAAGGUGCAUAAUUCUGGCAAAAGUAUUCCAUGAAUUAUGUCCCUUCUAUACUUAGAUAUUCUGGUUAAUGUUUUGAUGUCCUUUCGGUCUGUCUCUGUUAUUAUUAAAUGGGUUUGACUCAAACUGUUGUUGCAUAUCAUCAACCACAUCAGAGGUAUUAAUCACUCAUAGCUUCGUAAGACAUGCCCUGAUUUUACUAUCAAGCAUCGAAAUAGUCGACUAUGCUGUCUUCUCUAAAGUUCUCUUUAUACAUACCAAAUAAAUGAUAGAAACCAUGGACGCCGACUGAAACAAAUAUACGUAGGUAUACAGCUGGCCUGACCGAAACUCGGCAGAUAAACGUAACUGUUAACUCAUGAAACAAGUUCUUUCCAAGUGGCCAUUAUGUCACGUAUAACAUGGAUAUUACGUUGAUAAAAUUUAAUGGCCUACUCACUUCAGCUGUCCUUAACCGACCUUCAAAACGAUAUCAUACACAUCUAAUGAAUCUAGAUUUUGACAAGGCAAAAUACAAAGAAGAUUAUCAACUCAUAUUUAAAAGUUAAAAAAAACCAAACUGAUUGAUAUAAUGGCAUGCAGCAGCAACGCAGAUAAAUCUGGUGUUACAGUUACCUUUAAUUGUUGCCCUUGUGGAGAGAAAAAUAUCAAAGCAGAAAAAUAUUGUGUUGAAUGUCAGGACUAUUACUGUCUACCAUGUAUAGAUAUACGCGGAAGGUUUCCUUCUAUGCGAGAACAUAAACUGGUGGACAAGGCAGACUUUGGUCAAUCUGAUGUAAUGACGCUCAGCCUGAGCUCCCCUACAGACAGGUGCCCCAUUCACAAGGCGAGGCUGUUAGAUAUGUGGUGCAAGAAUCAUGACAAGAUUGUUUGUGCUACAUGCGCUACGCUAAAACAUGUCGCAUGUUUAGAUGUAUACUGCAUUUCUGAAGACGUUGACAAAUUAUAUGAGAAAUCAACUGCUGACUGCAUAAAGCAACAACUAGCAACCGCGCUCACUACCAUAAAAGAUAUAAAGAAAUCAAAAGAAAACCUUCUUGCUCACCUGAAGAAAUCAAAAAAGAACGCAACUGAUUCUAUAAGAAAGUUUAGAAAAGGGAUAGAAGCUGAGUUGGAGAAGCUAGAAAAGGAAUCCAUUAAAGAGGUUGAGGCUGAGUAUAACAAAAUUGCGCCAAGACUCGGGAAGGAUAUCAAGGAGGCUGAAGCUCAUAUUGAUGAACUUGCACGAUCAUCUGACAAGCUGAUGCAUACUGGAGGAAGCAAAACUCAGGAGUUCAUCUGUGGGAAAAUUGCUGAAAAAACUAUUUUGAAUGCAAAUGGGAGAAUCAAACAUUUAGAGAACAUUUAGAUGUGGAAAUAACGUUUCUGCCAGAUGUUGAUACUAAAAACUUCCUGAAACAGUUGCAGAAAUUAGGAAAAAUUCCUCAACUAAAUCCUAAAGUAACCAUGCAGAAAGAACUCGACAUAACGCUUGCGAAUGACACAGAUGGAUGCAACAUAUAUGGCUCCUGUUUCACUGAAGAUGGUUUCUUACUGUUGGCAGACAGAGGAAAUCAGAAGCUUAAACGUGUUAAUCUAUCUACAGGCUCAGUAGAUGAUAUAGUUCUGCAGGAUCGUCCUUACGGUGUUUGUCUAACCAGUAAAGAUGAAGCAGCAGUCGCUCUGUACAGCAAGGGCAUCAUUCAGUUUGUAUCACUGGGAAACAAAAUGGAAGCUAAAAAACAACUCACGAUGGGUCAUUAUUGCUAUGGUCUGGCCUACAAAGAUAGUCGGUUAUUUAUAUCCGAUAACCAAAAUGCAUUGUAUAUCUAUGAUAUAAAUGGCACAAUGCUACGCAAGAUAACAAAUGAUAAUUCAGGCAAACAAAUUUUCAGUCAAAACAGACAUAUUUGUUUAAGUAGCAAUGGAGACAAGCUGUAUGUAGCAGAUGUCAGUAUGUCCGUGAUAAGUCUUGGCAUACAUGGGAAUUAUGAAUCAAAAUUUACAGAUCCAGAGUUAGCUCAGCCUCGGGGAGUUUGUACAGAUGGUAGAGGAAACAUAUUUGUUUCUGACUAUGAACGUUCAAAUAUCAUUCAGAUGAAUGCGAGUUCGAAACAAAAAGUAGGAGUGCUUGGAAAAGCGAUGAGGGGUACUUCACUUGCUUUGAUCCGCAACGGAACAAGCUUGUUGUAACUACGAAAUUCAGCAACACUGUAAACAUCUACGACCUAAAGUACUGAAACUGAGUCAACAUCGAAUAUACGUUGUUGUUCUUACAAUAAAAGAAUAUCUAUCUGUUAUAUUUUUGUAGUGUCACUCGUAAAAAUUUAAAACUGAGAAAAAAAUCACCGUAACUGUUAAAUGAGCAUAUCCUUAUUAGAUCUAUUUGUUCCGAGCUUAGAUGAAAAAAGAAAACAUUACUAAUGCUGAUUUUGUACACACUUUCCAAAACGUUGUCUUUGCAAUUAACCAGGUGAAAAAUUCAUAUGUAAAUAGUUUGUACUUAAGCCAGCCUUUACAAAAAUAAAUUGAUAAAGAUAUUUAAUUAAGAGGGCUUAAUUUUAUUUUAGUGUUAACGCAUCGAAAACACAGACAUGACUGUUGAAUAUUGCACUAUAAUUUUUUUUUUAAAUGGGCGGAAAUUGCAGCCUUACUCUUUUGAUAUAUUUGACAUAAACAAGCUAACUAUUGCCAAAUUUUGAAUAAAAUUAAUGUAAUUACUAUUAACUUCUUAAAAACUGAUACUUUGUGAGAUCCAGAACUGCACAGUGAUACUCAGCAAAUAGUGUCAACAACAUUGUAUUUAAAUAUGUAACUUUUCUUCUGACACUUGGUAUCAUAUGUCACAGAUGUACUCGGGUUUGCAUGAUGAUAUGAUUAUAUUAUUGCACGUUAUAUAUUGCAUUUGAUGUGUAAGUUCCGGAUGUACGCCAAAGAAACACUUGGAAUGUUAGAAUGUGAAA